GCAGGCGCGCUGCGGGCGGGGCGUAACGCGCAUGCGCCUCGCUGUCGUCCGCUCCGCCCCUACCGGCGGCAUUUAAAGGGGCAGCGCCGCCAACGGACACGGGGGACUCUCCCCCGCCCCCCCGGACACCGGGAUCCCUCCUCCGGCCUCGGCCACCACCAAAGAAACGCGAUUGGCUGAGGGAGAAAUGGAAGGAGGGGAUUCACCCAAUGGAGAGGCAGCGCUCCAAGGAGUAGCCAAUGGGGAUGGAGCUGCUGUAGAGGAGCCGGCCAAUGGACAGCUAGGGCACGGAGGUUUGUCCAAUGGGGAGCGUGGGAGCCCAGCACCAGUCAAUGAAGAGCUUGGUGAAGCUUGUGCCGUGGGAGAGUUGUCCAAUGGGAUCACAGCGCUGCAUGGCUCGCCCAAUGAGGGAAUGGGGAGCCCUGAUUCAACCAAUGAGCAGCUAGAUGAGCAGCAAGCAGCCAGGGCCUCCGCCAAUGAGGACGGUGGAGGACUGCGGGACCCAGCCAGUGAUGACGCUGGGCACCAAGACCCAACCAAUGAGACUGCGGGAUACCAGGGCCUGGCCAAUGAGGCUGCCAGGCUGCAGGGUGCGGCCAAUGAGAAGGCAGAGCCACGUGACCCGAAGGGUGAGGCCAAAGGGCUGCAGCACCCAUCCAAUGAGGAUGCAGCACCCGAAGCCCCAGCCAAUGAGGGCGCAGCACCCGAAGCCCCAGCCAAUGAGGGCGCAGCACCUGAAGCCCCAGCCAAUGAGGACGGCAGCCUCCAAGCCCCAGUCAAUAAGAGAGCAGGCCGCCACGAGGCGGCCGCUGCCACCCUCCGGGACCCAUCCAAUAGGGUGUCGCCUUGCCGGGCGGAGCCCUCCAACCAGCAGGCGGCCCCUCCGGCGCCGUCCAAUGGGGCGGGGGAUCCGUGGGACUGGUCCUGCGAGGAGGCGUGGCUCCGGGCGCCAGAGGGGGAGGGGCUGGAGGAGGGGGAGGGGCUGGGGGAGGGGUGGGAGCAGCUGGAGGAGGAGGAGGGGGAGGGGGAGGAGGGCUGGGAGGGGGAGGCCGGAGACCCCUGGGCGGGGGCGACGCCCCCCCCGGGCUGGUGGCUCAGCCCCGACGCCGCCUUUGCCAAGCGGGUGCUGCGGCCUGGGCGGGGGCUGGGGCGGCCCGGGCCCGGCUCCCGCUGCCGGGUGCGGCUGGAGACCCCCGCGGGGGGCGGGGGCGGCCAACGGAUGGGGGGCGGCGGGGGCGGGGGCGAGGAGCGGGCGUUGGCAGAGCCUGCGGGUGGGCGACGGCGAGGGGCGCUGGGCGGCGGCGCUGGACGCCUGCCUGGAGACGAUGGCGGCGGGGGAGUGGGCGUGGCUGCAGCCAGCGGGGGCGCGGGCGGCGCUGGGGGUGCGCCUGGGGGGCUUCACCCCCGCACCCCGCUUCUGGGAGGAGGAGGAGGCGGGGGCGGCGGGCGGGCGGUGGCGGGCGGUGCUGGCGCGGCAGGAGCGGGCGGCGGCGCUGCUGGGCGCGGGGGCGGCGGGGCCGGCGGCCAGGGCCUACGCCCAGGCGCUGCGGGCGGCGGUGGCGGCCGCGGGGGUCCCGCCGUUGCCCCCCGCCCUGGCGCUGCCCAAGGCGGAGCUGCACGCCGGGCUGGCCCUGUGCCAGCUGCGGCUGGGGCUACCGGCGGCAGCGGCCGCCAACGCCGGCAAGGCGCUGGCCCUGCGGCCGGAGCACCUGGAGGCCCGCUUCCGCCGGGGCCUGGCGGCGGCGGCCAUGAGCGACCUGGAGGCGGCGGCCGCCGAUCUGGCCGCGGUGCUGCGCGAGGAGCCCGGCCACGCCGCGGCACGGCGGGAGCUGCGGCGGGUGCGUGGCGCCGCCCGCGAGAGGGACGCACGGCUGGCGCGGCGCCUCGGCCGCCUCUUCGCCUGACGGGGUGCUGCUAACGGGGGGACGCUCACGGUGCCCCCUCCCCCGGUAAUAAACCCGGUGGUGCUUUGUUAAAUGACUUAAUUAAUGCAGCAGUGGGGGCGCCGGCACCGUGGGGACACCCUGUGGUGGCGCGGGGUCACCAUGCCGCCCCCUCCCCCAGUAACGUACUGCGUGAACUAAAUAAUAAAGUUAGAUAAUAACA